UCAUCACCCUUAGAUGUAUUGCUGCAAAACCCCUAAAACCCCUCUAAUGGCAUCCCUCAAUACACUCAUCCAAAAUCCAUUCACCAAAUAACCAAAAAAAAAAAAAAAAAAAAACCACCAAUGAUACACCUAAAAAAAAUUCAAUCUUUACAUUUUCUAACAAAUUUUCAACUCCAUAAACUUGCCUUAAACCCAAUAAUAUCAUCAACAUGCUUAAACUCUUCAACCCCAUAUCAAAUUACACACUUUUCACAAUCUUUUUUAAGACCUUUUUCAGUUUCAACUCAGUUACAAAAAGAACCAACAAGUUCAGAAAAGAAAAAAACAAAGAAACCAUUGAGUAUUUUCUUUCAAGAAUCUGUUGGUCUAUUAGAAAAAUCUGAACAAUCAGAAAGUGAGGAUGAAACUGACAAUGAAAGUGAAAACAAGGGACUAAAGUGUAGAUUAAGAAAGUUAGAGGAUGAAGUUAGGAUUUUGCAGGAAAAGAGAAAAAAUGAAAAGGCUAAUAGGAAGGAAAAUGGGGUGUUGGAAAAUGAGGUAAAGAGUAAAAAAUUACAUGAAUUAUUUGUAAAUGAGGUGAAAUCAAGAAAGUCAACGCCGUUGACUAUGGAUGAUCAUACAGUGUACAAAGAGCUUUCACCUGAUAUGGUGAUGUUUGUGACACAUUUAUAUAAAGAAGGGUAUUUUAAAGAUGCAAACUUUUUGCCUAGGAAGAAGUUUGAUAUUACUUGCUUUGAGAAUAGUUAUGGUCGCGAUUUUGUGAAGUAUGCAGCUGAGCAGUUUGGUAGAGAUCACCAGGAGAUUGCUAAAUGGUUGUCUGGCAGUGACUUGAAAAAGGUGGCCCUUUUUGGUUGCCCUUCUAUCGCAAAGAAGACUGUUUUUUCUGCUAAGAGGUUGCGUGCAUAUUUCAGAAUUCAAGAAGAUAAUGUAUGCAGCAAAUGUGCCUUAAAAGCGUCAUGCAAGUUUGUGAAUCAGAGUGUUUGGAACCGCGAUAUGGACAAUUUACACUUGCCUGUAGUAAUGCGGGUUAUUACUCUGUACGCGCUGGAAUCAGUUCCUCCCCAGUUAGUAAUACCAGAUGAAAUAAAGACUUCUGUCAAUAGAUUGCUGAUGGACAUUUUGAGACUUAGUCAAACUGUGUGUUAAUGCUUCUUCAGUAUCAGACAAGUAGAUCAGCAUACAGCUAUAUGCUGACACGAUCUUUUUUUGUUUCUUUU